GUCCCUCCCGAUCGUCUAUAUAAGCACCCCUCGAGUUUCUCGGCCGCCAGGUCUUCUUUCUUCCCCCGCAGACCCUUCUUGUCCCUUAUACUAGCAGUACCAGGAUAGAGACAUGGCUCCCACUUCAUAUCCUGACUGCUGGGGACACCGCGGCGCCUCCGCGAGCUUCCCGGAGAACACGCUCGCCAGCUUCGAGGCCGCCAUGCGCGAUGGCGCCGAAGGCAUCGAGAGUGACGUCCACGUCUCGCUCGAUGGCGUCGUUCUCAUGUUUCAUGACCCCUCGUUGAAUCGUACCACGGACUCGACGGGACUGAUAGGGGAACGUAACUGGUACGGCUCGGACGGGAUUGAGCAUGUUAGGACCAGGCAGGAACCUGUGCAAGCUAUCCCCACAUUCGCGGAGACCGUCGCGCUCCUGAUGAAGCCGGAGAACAUGCAUGUCGUGUUCGACGUUGACAUCAAACCCCAAAACGACCCGGAGCGUCUGUUCACCCUCCUUCACGAGAUUAUCUCCUCCUACGCCGACUGGCAGACGCAGCUCGCGCCGCGCCUGUUGCUCGGCCUCUGGCAUCCCCGCUUCCUCCCAUACGCCAAGUCCAUCCUGCCCUACUGCCGUCGCAGCUACAUUGGGACGAGCCCGCGAGUCGCGCGCACGUACUUCUGGGAUGACUGCGAUACCUUCAGCAUGGGCUUCGGCUCGCUCGUGAUCUACGGCGGUGCCAAGUUCGUUCGCGAGGCGCACCGCGACGGGAAGAAGGUGAUGGUAUGGACGGUGAACGAUAUGGACGAGCUACUAGAGACGAUCCGCUGGGAGGUCGAUGUCGUGCUCACCGAUCGCACUGGCCCCUUCUUGCAGCUCCGCAAGGAUCUGCACGCUGACUACAAGCGGACCAUGGCCAAGCAGUCGCGGAUCUUCCUCUGGACGACGUGGAAGUACUACACGCCCGCCAAUACCGUUCUUGAGCGCCGCGCGCACAAGGACCUCGUGAAGAUCGCGGGCUCCAUGAAGGGCGCCAAGGACAUCGUCGUCGCUCCCAGACCCACUGCAUCCUCGACUGCUAGCUCUAGCUCCUUCACGGAGAAGGGUACUGAGGCUACUGCAUCGGAUUCGGAGGAAGGACAUGUCGACUCCAAGCCUUCUAUGGCGCCUGAGACGGUGCAAAUUCCCGUCCUUGGCUCCGCUACUGCAUGAUCGUCGUUGGUUGCGACCUCACUCUUCCUGUAGACGUAUAUCACUCUUGCUGUCCUCGCUCUCGAUACACCUGUGCUAUCCCGGGUGUUACGCUCCAUAGACACGACUAAUUUUUCGCAUACGUGAUCACUUUGAAUGAAUGGAUACACUGGAGCGCGCUGUCGCUGUCAGUGUUAGCUAUAGCAUG